UCCGAUUACUCCGGGAAGAGUUACAACUUUUACAGGAACCCGGAUCUUAUGUUGGAGAAGUUGUCAAACUCAUGGGCAAAAAAAAAGUUUUGGUCAAGGUUCAUCCCGAGGGAAAAUACGUAGUUGAUAUUGCCCCGGACAUUGAUAUUAAUCAGAUCACACCCACAUGUCGGGUAGCUCUCCGUAAUGAUUCUUACACGUUACAUAAGAUCCUUCCUAAUAAAGUUGACCCACUUGUUUCCUUGAUGAUGGUGGAGAAAGUACCAGAUUCGACAUAUGAGAUGGUUGGUGGAUUAGACAAACAAAUUAAAGAAAUUAAGGAAGUGAUAGAGUUGCCAGUAAAACACCCGGAAUUGUUCGAAAGUUUGGGUAUUGCUCAACCAAAGGGCGUUUUACUUUAUGGACCUCCUGGUACCGGUAAAACUCUAUUAGCGCGUGCAGUUGCACACCAUACGGAUUGUAAGUUUAUCCGUGUCUCUGGUUCCGAGUUGGUACAAAAAUAUAUCGGUGAAGGCAGCAGAAUGGUCAGAGAAUUGUUUGUCAUGGCUAGGGAGCACGCUCCAUCAAUUAUCUUCAUGGACGAAAUUGACUCGAUUGGUUCCUCGCGCAUAGAAUCCGGUUCCGGAGGUGGCGAUUCUGAGGUUCAGAGAACAAUGCUGGAAUUGCUUAAUCAACUGGACGGGUUUGAACCUACAAAAAAUAUAAAGGUGACAGAUCCAGAAAAUGGUAAUAUGAAUCUGACCCGAGGUAUUAAUCUACGGAAGAUUGCAGAAAAGAUGACAGGAUCCAGUGGCGCGGAAGUUAAGGCCGUUUGCACGGAAGCGGGUAUGUAUGCGCUUCGAGAACGACGCGUUCAUGUUACUCAAGAAGAUUUCGAGAUGGCAGUGGCGAAGGUUAUGAAGAAAGGAGAAGAGCAAAAUGAAAGCUUACGUAAACUAUGGAAAUAA